CCCAGGGUAUAAAUUCAAGACUCGUGGCCUGCAUCGCUAUCGUCAACCUCGUGGCUUUCUACCGUUCCACCCCUCACCGAUCUACACCAGCCAUGUCCGACUCCGGCAAACACCCUCGGCUUCCUGGUCCUCGCAAACUAUUUCCAGAUCUCUUCAGGGACGAUAGAUAUGCACAUGGCCCAGGACAAAUGGCCUCCGCUAGCGUGACGCCGCUACACUCGCAGACGAUGGCAUCGGCGCCCUCCACUCACGCGCCCGGUCUUUCUCAGGCCCCAAAGCACAGCUCAUCUCACACGAGCCAGUGUGGGCGGACCCGAGGCGGCGGACCGUCCCCAUCACGAGCUUUGCUUCCAGUGGGGCCCAGGGCCCCAGGCUUUGCUCAAUCUCCACUGGCGCGGGGCACAGCCGCGACCGCCCAACAGCAGACGACAUUGCGCCCCGCCGACUGGAACGACCAGACCCCAGGUUCUUCGUCCUCGACGGACAAGAAGCGCUACGGUUGCGAGCUCUGCGAGAGGCGCUUUGAGAGGCCCAGCUCUCUUGAGACUCAUAUGAAUUCGCAUACGGGCGAGCGACCGUUCAAAUGCACCACUGGAGACUGCCAGAAGGCGUUCACCACGAAAUCCAACAUGCAACGCCACCAGCGCACCCAUGAUCCCAAGAGCUUGGCCUAAUCUAGGCUGCGGCCUUUCGUGCUAGAGGACCAGCUACCGCCUCUAGGCCUCAAGAACGUGCUGGUAUACCACACGUGUCUUGCAAGUAUGUAUUAGUUUUCGCCAUAGACUUCGAUUAUUAUGGAACAGCAGCCUCUAGACCUGUAUUUCUAUCUGUAGACGCAUCCCAGAGUCAGUUGUAUCGUUAGUAUUAUUUUAACCAGCCAGCCAGAGCUGCCGCCCUCCACUGUCCUCGCCGCCGUUGUAUCUAUACCCCUGUGUUAUCUAUAGACGAAUUAUUAUAUUUUUCUACUGUC